UCCCACCAUGGCCACUACCACCACCUCCACCACCACCACCGACACCCAAAACGCGCAGAAUGGCCAGCACGUCACCACCCCCGCCGGUAACCGGUUCUUCGACGAGGUCCACUUCCUCGGCGACAAAGAGGGCAAGGUCGUGAUCCGAUCCCCACCCAACUUCACCAGCCCCGAGGAGGAGCGCGAGUACCAGAAGCAGCACCUGGCGGUGGCCUUCCGGGUGUUUGCGCGCCAGGGCUUCGACGAGGGCGUCGCCGGCCACAUCUCGCUGCGCGAUCCGCUGAACCCGCACCACUUCUGGAUCAACCCGCUCAGCAUGCACUUCUCGAUGAUCCGCGUGUCGGACCUGGUGCUGGUCAACGAGAAGGGCGAGGUGCUGCCCGGGGGCGCGCAGCAUCCCAUCAACGGGCCGGCCUUCGCCAUCCACAGCGAGAUCCACAAGGCGCGUCCCGACCUCAACGCCGCCUGCCACGCCCACUCCGUCUACGGCAAGGCCUUCUCGUGCUUCGCCCGCCCCAUCGAGAUGCUCUACCAGGACGCCCUGCGCUUCUACAACGACCUGGCCGUCUACCCGCGCUACGGCGGCACCGUGCUCUCCACCGAGGAGGGCGCCCGCAUCGCCACGGCCCUGGGCCCCACCUGUCGCAGCGUCAUCCUGCAGAACCACGGCAUGAUCACCUGCGGCCGCACCGUCGACGAGGCCGCCUUCCUGUUCAUCGCGCUGGACCGCUGCUGCCACGCCCAGAUGAUGGCCAACGCCGCCGCCGGACCCGGCUGGGAGAAGGUGUACAUCCAGAAGGAGGAGGCCGAGAUGACGCACAAGAAGAGUGGCAACUCCAGCAAGAUGUGGCUGGCGUUCCAGCCGUACUACGACCAGGCCGUCAAGGAGGACCCGGCGGUGUUGGAGUAGAGGAGGGAAUCAGGGGGGUGCGGAGCGGUGUUGCUGUACAUAGCGGGUUCUUGGAAUGUCCGGCUGGCUGGGUGGUAUCGAGACCCAGAUUAGAUUGAAUGCAU